UAGAUCGAUGCGUCCAAGGGCCGGCGUGAAUACCUCAUUAUCGCAAUGACAAAUCAUUGCGAAUUAUGGCGUGACAACGUUCUUUUGGCUGAGUGGAUUUUCUGUGUGUCUCUAUUCUCAUGUUAAUAUAUCAUUUAAUUGCAUUUCUGCUGAAACAAUUUACGUAGAAAAUCUUUACCAUGCAUUUUUUGUCCUUCGCGAAUAUAUUUCAACAUAUGCAAAUGUAAUCCAACCGCCCACGCAAAACACUGUAAUUUAAUCCAGCAAUUAAUUUGCAAAUUGAAAUAUUAUAUUGUGUCGCAAGAGAGCAUCCGUUUUGGUUUGACUGUAAUAUUUCGAUUAAAAUAUUAAAUUGUACGAUGUCUUUUGUGCUAAUUGCUGCAAUAUUCAUCAUUGUAUUUCUCAUCAGUAUUUACAAGACCGUUGAGGUAGAUAUAACAUUGAAAUAUUACGAAUUAUUUGGCAAGAAAGUCGAUGAAUUGCGAGAUAAAGUUGUAUGGAUCACUGGCGCUUCAAGUGGUAUUGGUGAAAAUCUGGCGUAUGAGCUGGCAAGUGUUGGCUGCAAGUUAAUUCUUUCUGCGAGAAGAAAACAAGAGUUAGAACGAGUCAAGACAAAAUGCUCUGGUGAGGAACUACGACAAACUUCAAAUCCCUUCAAAUGGGAUUUUAGUUUGCCGUUUGCGGUCUGCAGCCGUAAACGACAGACAGACGGUAUUUAUUAGUAAACAGACACUCUCGACUGACCAGAUAAUUUUAUAUUUAAUUGCAAGCUUUCGGAUGCCAGUUUGUAGUCUUCGACUGCGAAUAACCUGCCGGCAGACGGCCUAAGGCGAAUACCCGUCGAAGGCUACAGUCUUGUAGAAAGCUUGUAAUCAAAUAUACUAGAAAUGCAUGCAUACAGACACCUCAGACACCCCUCGCUUUCCUAGGAAAACAACUAUAAUUUUCAAAUCAAGCAGUAUUUGAAGUGGUUGUCAUGGUUACACGUCAUUCUUUAUGUGAAGAAUGUUUCCAUGCAUGAAAAAUUUUAACUUUGCAUAAAAAAAUGUUUGAAUUCCCCACUGCAUUUCAAAUGUUAAACAAUUAUUGAAAUUUUAGAAUGUAUAUUUUUGUUUAAUUUUAGAAAUAGCUGGUAAGAAACUAAAUGAUGAGGACAAGGACUUUCUUGUGUUGCCACUGGAUGUUACCAAGUUUGAUACACAUGACCAGGCAGUUCAAACAGUUCUGGAACAUUUUGGCCAGGUACGAAAAUUUACUUAUGGCACUAACGCAUAUAGAAGAACGGAAGGAAAAAAUUAGGAGAUAGGCAGAAAUUUGACCACCUUUUCUCAUUUUCCCAGACAAAAUUUUCCGGCGUAAACUUGCCACGAAAGGAGGUGAAGGGGGGAGGGGUGGAGGACAAGAGAUUGGAAAAGUUUUCGAUUGGGUUUAAAUUUAAGGAAACCUUAUAUUUCUUUUAAAAUGAUUUUUCCAAUCUGUUUGACCAUUUGCGUUUAUAAUUCGGCAAACUUUUUUUUUUGGGGGGGGGGGCGUGUGCACCCCCUGAUCCCCUAACCGACGUUGUGCGCUUAUGAAAACGUCUAAUUUUAAAUUAGUGAUACAAACUCUCGAUUUAGGUGGGGUCUCAGUGGAGAUGGAAAUUUCCAGAACAAUUUUUUAUGCAUAAAUAAACCAAACAAAACCCUUCAACAAUCCGUGUUCCAUCGAGUGAGAUGCCCAGAAUCCUGUACCAGUACACCUAUCUUUAGAAUCACCUAUAUAUAUAUAUAUAUAUAUAUAUAUAUAUAUAUAUAUAUAUAUAUAUAUAUAUAUAUAUAUAUAUAUAUAUAUAUAUAUAUAUAUAUAUAAUCUAGUUUCUUUGCGUCAGCUGCGUUGUAAUUCAAUCCUUUGGCUAGUACUUGUUUCUGUUGAUCAGUGAGUUGCUUAUGGGAGAUAUUUUUAACCCAUGCGUCUGCGUUGUUAUGGUUACGUUGGUAUGAUCUGGAUUUGUUGAGUUUUCGUUGUAAUUUUGCACGUCUCUUUGAUUGAUAUUCCUGUACUAUACUUCUAAUGGUAUUUUCUAAUGAAUUUCCGUCUUCUGUGUUAGUUAUGGCAAAAAUGGCGCUGCGGUGAUCCUUAAUUCUUCGUUGAUAUGUACGCAAACGAUUGUGUUUGUAUUGUGUUUUUUUUCUUUCUGUUAUUAGUACAUUUAACAUGCGUCGUCCAUUGGCCUGAGCAGUGCGUAUAGCUAAAUUGCUUUUAACCGGUGGUUGGUAGUUAAUGCUGUUAGGUAGGACGUUUAGACGUUUGCAGUUGUGAAGAAAGUGGAGUUGUUCAAAGGUCGACGAUUUCUUUAGUGCGAAUAAUUCCCAUUUUCUUGCGUGUCUGAGAGUAGCUAUCCCAUAUAUAUGUUUAAUAGAGUUGAAGAUUUGUAAUCCAGGCAUUUUAUUAAUUGAAUAAUUCUACAAAUUAUUUUGUUCUCUGGAUUAUAAUUUAAAUGUUUUGAGCUUUCGACUCGGUACUUCGAGCCUUCAUCAGAAAGUUGCAUGAAUGUUUGAAUUUUCGCGCUGUUCUCGUUCUUGAAGCCUUUGGGAACGUCUGAUUGGUUGAUCACGCAUUUCGGCUGAUGGAAACAAGGGGGAAUUUCGUUCUCGACCAAUCAGCGCUUUUGUUUACAUUUUUGCCCUAAGCCAAUCAGAAUGCGUAAAACGCUUCAUCACAUGAAAUUUGUAAACAAACAUAUGGGGUUACUUCAGAGCUUUUCUGCAAGCGUUUUUUUUUGUUUUUGCCAUGAAAUUCAUAUAUGUUGUUCUUAAAAGGAUUCUCCUCAACUUCCUCGUGGCGAUUUUUGAUUAAUUGCGUGAUUGCGAAGAUAUGGGUCUUCAAACUUUGUCUUGCGCAAGCUUAAAUACCACCCCUCGAAUUUGUAGGUUCCGAACGGAUUAGCGUUUUUAAAAGCCUUUCAAAUCGAGGUUUGAGAGGUUUUAUUUUUUAAAAGAUACUUUUAUCUUCAUAUUUUCACAAUUAACUUAUUAACAUCCUGUGUAACAAGUAAACAGGACACUUCCGGGCCGGGACAAGUUGACAUGUCGAUUUCUUGCUAAACAGCGUGGCGAUCAAUAUGGCGAAUACCUAACUACAGGGAAUUUUUAAAAUUUGUCGGUAUAAAUGGGAUAAAGAAACUCAUCAAAUAUUUGAACUAUGGACCUUCAAACUUAUGCCAAGUAUUUAUUUGAUUGAUUAGCUCAAUAACUGUUUUUUGGCUCGUUUUUCGUCGAUUUCGACAUUUAGUCGAGCUUAGUCGACUUCAGAAUAAUGUGUCAACAUUGCGUGUUGCAGCCUGUGGACAUGAAUAUUUUCGUUUGUUUGACCAUAACACUUGUCUUCAUUGUUUUUAAUCCUUGAAUGACAAUAUAUUCAUUGGUCUCCUAAACUUAAGGAAGAUAUAUGUAUCUUUUAAAAAAUAAAACCUCUCAAACCUCGAUUUGAAAGGCUUUAUAAACGCUAAUCCGUUCGGAACCUACAAAUUCGAGGGGUGGUAUUUAAGCUUGCGCAAGGCAAAGUUUGAAGACCCAUAUCUUCGCAAUCACACAAUUAAUCAAAAAUCGCCACGAGGAAGUUGAGGAGAAUUCUUUUAAGAACAACAUAUAUGAAUUUCAUGGCAAAAACCAAAAAAACCGCUUGCAGAAAAGCUCUGAAGUAACCCAAUAUGUUUGUUUGCAAAUUUCAUGUGAUGAAGCGUUUUACGCAUUCUGAUUGGCUUAGGGCAAAAAUGUAAACAAAAGCGCUGAUUUGUCGAGAACGAAAUUCCCCCUUGUUGCUGAUGGAUUGUUAUUGGUUGCCAUGGAGUGCGGGUGAUUGCAAUAAUCAUGUGUUGAUAUUGAGAAGGAAGUUGCGGGUGGGUUAAAGGUUAAUGAAGGCGAAACAGGACUUUUGUGUGAGUGUUUUAGUUGUAAGUAUAUUACAGGAAUGUCAAUACGGCGGUUAAAUGUUAGUUUAUCUAUACUAUGCCACAGGGCCUUUUUUAACAUACAAGCUGGGUACAAUGCCCCCGAGUCCCCUUGUGCCCCCCACGAAAUCACAUUUUGCCCGCCCCCCAGGAAAAGUCCCUUUUCCCUAAAAUUAUACAAACAAACCAGCGAAGAUUAACAAAUAGAUAAAUGGAAAGUAAGUUUUAGGCUUUAUCCUUUGUCCUUGUUUAAGGUGGGGUCUACCUAAACCACUCGAAAAAAUCGAUUUUUAUUUUUUGAGCUAAAUAGUUAGUGUGGCAUGUAAUUGAUGUUGUGAAAGUAUUUAUUUGGUUGAAUUAAAAAAAUAGUUCUCUCAGGAGCUGUUUUAAACAACCUCACUAUAAUUUUUAGCUUGGUUGCCAUGGUAACGAAAGGCAGCAUCCUUCAUAUUUUUCAUGUUUUUUGCUAAUAUACUGUUGUCCCUCCCCUCCCUAAUAUAAAAUUAUAAUGCAGGCUCAUCUCUAGAUGAUUUUGCAGCGGAUCUACAUGAAGAAUAUGCGCGUGUAUACGUUUUUUCGAGAACUACUGAUUCAAACAGAGCAAAUUGAAAAAUGCGUUUCAAUAUUUCGUAAAUAUUGAUUACUUUUGUGUAUAUAUUUCUUAACAUUUGGUUAAAAAUAACGGACAAUGGUACACAGAAAACAUUAAAUGAAACAUUAUUCACUGGGGUAAAGAAAUGCGCGAUAAAGGCGACGAUAAAACGUGAACACAUUCAUGCAUUCAAUACCAAUGUCAACAGUCAUCUUCGAAUCGUAUUUGGAUUCUUGGCAUCUUAUAAACAGAUAUUCAAACGUUUGUUCUGAUGCACUUAGUAGCUGUGUAUGGUGAACUGUGGAUGUAAGUAUUUUUCUAUCAUUGAAUGAUUGAUUCUACUAUAUUACUAUAAGUCGAAAUUGUUAAAAGGACUACAAGUCUGUAUUAAGCUCAAUUAAGUUCUAGUUUAAUACUAAAAGGCGGCCUUCACGCCAUGCUUUUUAAGAACAACAACUUACGCAUGCGCGCCCGCUAGGACUCCCGACUGCGGGCUCAAAACCAAAUAUCAACAUCUCCCUAUUUUUACAAAAAGGCAUAUAUAUAUAUAUAUAUAUAUAACCACUAAAAGUGAAUGUACUGUGAUAGUUCCUUUGAUGCUAGACUGCAGAUUACUGUAAGUUUCUGUAUCGUGUCCGAAUAAAUUCCGAAUACCUACAGUAUAUAUCUAAUGUCUAUCUCAAUCAUUAAUAUAGUAAUAAAACUUUAACAUACUGUAUAGUCUUUCGUCCAGUGGGGCUUUUGUCUUGCUCGUUGUGGUCUUGCUUGUACCUCUGCUUCUCCCUUGUUGUCUUUACUGUUAUCUUUGUUGACUUCACUUGUCGUGGGGCGUAUAUGAACUCGGUUUCUUCUAUAUACACCAUUCUUUCCUUCAAUGAUAUACGAUCGUUCACUAUGUUUGGCACGUACUUUUCCUCUUCUCCAGUCAUACUUCUUUCCUUCUGUGUGUUGGUAGUACACCGGCUGCCCAGGUGACAGUUGUUUCAGGUCUCGAGCACCUUUGUCAUAACUUUGCUUAACCAGAAGGCGGUGUCUGGCUCUCUUCUGUGUUGCAUUUCUCGCCCGUUCUGAUUUUGUGUUCGAUAUGGCUAGUAGGAAUGAUUGUGUUGCUCGACCAAACAUCAUUUUAGCUGGACUUUGUCCAGUACCCUGGCGUGGCGUGUUUCUCAGUUCAAGUAAAGCCUCAUAUUGAUCAGUGUUGUCCCGCAGUGACUUAUUCAUCAUUAGCUUCAUAGUUUUAACCGCAGCUUCCGCUUUUCCAUUCGAUUGGUGAUGGAGGGGUGACGAUGUUACAUGCUUAAUUCCCCAGUGUUUGGUGAAGGUCUUGAACUCGGAGGAAAUAAAUUGUGAACCACAAUCAGUUACCAUUUCACUUGGUAUGCCAUAUCUUGCAAAAUGUCCUUUGAGUUUGGUGAUUAUCUGUUUACUUGUGGCAGUGCUUAGGUGGUCAACUUCUAUGAAACCCGAGAAAUAGUCAACCGUGGCUAGAUAAUCUCUUCCUUUGAUCUCGAAAAGGUCAAUUCCAACCUUAUUCCAAGGUACUUGUCCUUCCUCAUACUGUUUUAAUGGCUCUUUCUGGUUUUGUGGUUUGUAUUGCUGGCAAGCCUCACAGUUAUCUGCUAGCUGUCGUACUUCUUUUGCCAUUCCGGGCCAAAAUAUGGUGUCUCGAGCUCUUCUCAUCAUACUAUCGUACCCCAAAUGUGCAGAGUGCAAUCGUUUCUUUGUGGUGUCACCGAGCGAUGCUGGGAUAACUAUUCUUUCUCCCUUUAGGAUAAUUCCAUUUUGAUGGCUCAAUGUGUCUCGCACAUCAAAAUAUGGCCUCAGAUCAUUUUGUACGUCCUUCUUGCUUUCUGGCCAACCAUCUUUUAUAGUGCUCAACAGGGACUGCAUACAUUGGUCCUGUGCGGUAGCUGCUUGUACCUCCCGGAUUCGCUCAUCUGGCACUCCUUUCAAAGCGUUUACUUUCAUGACUCUCACCUGUGCGUCAGGAACAUCAAGAAAAGCUCGGCUGAGGGUGUCGGCAAUAACAAGUUGACUUCCUUGAAUGUAGUGAAAUUCAAUGUCAUAGCGAUGAACUCGUAGCAUUAGUGCUUGUAGUCGUUUUGGGGUCUGGCUCAGAGGUUUCUUCAGGAUUGAGGUCAGAGGCUUGUGGUCAUUCUGUACUAUGACUUUUCUUCCAUACGUAUAUUGGUCAAAUCGUUCAAGACCGAACACCACAGCUAGGGUUUCUUUUUCAAUUUGUGCCCAAUUCCGUUCAGCAGGAGUCAGUGCUCUUGAGGCGUAUUCAAUUGGUUUGCCAUCUUGCAUCAGUGCUGCUCCGAGUCCGUCUUUACUGCUGUCUACUUGCAAUAGUAGCUCCUUGUUCGAAUCAAAGUAUGCGAGCAAAGGAGUGUUUGUGAUCUUUUCCUUGACCUUCUGGAAUGCUUCUUGACACUCUGUUGACCAGUUCCACUCCACAUCCUUCUUGGUCAGCUCUCGAAUGGGUUGCAAAUCACCAGCAAGGUUGGGCAGAAACUUAGCCAGAUACUGAAUCAUUCCACAUAGCCGCUUCACUCCAUGUACAUCUGUGGGGGCCGGCAUGUCAAGGAUAGCCUCUACCUUUGACUUGUCUGCUUUUACUCCUUCAUUGGUGAUAAGAUGGCCCAUGAACUUGAUUUCUGUCUGCUUCAGGACAGUUUUCUCAUCAUUCAGCUUGACUCUCUUUUUUGCGCAUCUUUCUUGCAGUGCCAGGAGGUUCUGCUCAUGAUCAGCAUCAGCUUCUUCUCUUGUGUUGCCACUCCCAUACACAACCAGAUCAUCUGCAAUGCAUAUCACACCAUUGAGACCAACAAGUGCCUCAUUGAGCUUUCUUUGAAAUAUCUCACUGCUGACCUUGAGCCCAAAUGGGAGCCGGGCCCAUCUGUAUCGUCCAAAUGGUGUAAUCAUGGUGGUGAGUAAGCUAGAUUCAUUGUCCAGUUGGACAUGCCAGUAGGCUUGUUUCACGUCGAGUUUGCUAAAUACUCGUGGUUGGCUGAGACUAGGUAGAACAUCAUCUAGUGUUGGUAGCUUGUAGUGCUCUCUUUGCAGGGCUGCAUUUAAUGGUUGUGGGUCAAUACAGAUUCUCAAAGAUCCGUUUGGUUUCUUUACAACUGCCAUUUGGCUUACCCAAGCAGUUGGUUCUUCCACAGGCACCAGUACGCCAGCUUCAACUAAGUGGUUAAGUUCCUCCUUAACAUUCUCUUGCAAUGCUAGUGGCAGUUUCCUACAUGGAAAUGCUCUUGGUGGGACAUUUGGAUCAACAUGUAGUUGUGUUUCUCCCAACGAUCCUAACUGAUUAGCGUCAGUGCUUAUAUGGGCUAUGAAGUUGCCAUCAUUGAUUGUAAGUAGUCCCAUUUGUUGUAUAGUUGACAGUCCCAGAAGACAGCUAUAAUCGUUUGGGACAACAAUAAAAUCGACCACGGUUUCUUCUUCAUUCUUUGGGUUUGUGAUCUUCAAGGUAGUUUCUCCCAAUGGGUUGACCUUGGACUUGUUCCACAUGAUUAAUUUCUGUGUGGUGGGUUCCACCUGUGUUGGUCGUACAAACUUUUGGCACAGUGUGUUCACAUCGGCUCCAGUGUCAAGCUGAAAUCUGACAUCACAGUCAUUUACUUGCAUCAGAGCAUUGGCACGGGUUUUGUUGGGAACUUCCACAGUUGCAAGCCAGUUGGUAUCGGAGUCAUCAGAUUCAUCAGAGUUGCUCUUUGUCUCUAGUGUGUGUACCUUCUUGCACUUGACUUCAAAAUGGUUUCUGCCUUUACAAUGGUUACAGAGUUUUCCCCAGGCGGGACACUUUGUCUUAAUGGCUUCAUGAGACUUUCCACAAAAAUUGCACUCCUUCAGGAUGUGAGGGUUAUUCCUGGUUGUUCAGGAUGUUGUUUUGAUGGAUACUUUGAGCUUUUCUUGCCAGCUAUCUGCUCAAUCUUCUGUAGUUGACUGCUUUCACUCAUUUCCUUUUUAUUUCUCGAGGUGAUCUCAUAGGCUCUGCAUAUUUCUACAGCUUUCUUUAAGUCUAAACUAGUCUCUCGUAAUAACAGUUCUUGUUGCUUACCGGUUACAGUGAAGACUAUCUUGUCUCGUAUCAUUCUUUCUUUUUCCUUGAAAUUGCAUGAAUCAGCGUAAGAGUACAACUUUGUUAGGAAUGUGUCAAAAGGUUCUUGGAAGGGUACUUGCCAAGAGCGAAAGGAUUGCAGAACUUCAUUUUGUCGUAGAUUGCAAUAUUCCUCUAGUUUUUCGAGCACUUUAACAGGAUCAUUUUUGUCAUUUUCUCCUUCAAAUUCAAAAUGAUCAUAAACCUCAAGGACUUGCGGGCCUGCACAGUGUAAUAUAAUAGCCGUUUGUCGCUGCUUCGGCUUGUUAUUAUUCCCACUAGCUUCCAUAUAAACUUGUAACUGACGUUUCCAUUUCUUAAAGCUAUCUGCCAGAUUACGGUCUGUCAGAUCGAGCGAUGAAGGUAGAUGAAAUUGUGCCAUUUCCAUUUAAAUAAAUAUAGAUACUCACAAAAUACUAAGGAUCUUUAAGAAUAUAUCGCUGCCACCAUGUUAAAAGGACUACAAGUCUGUAUUAAGCUCAAUUAAGUUCUAGUUUAAUACUAAAAGGCGGCCUUCACGCCAUGCUUUUUAAGAACAACAACUUACGCAUGCGCGCCCGCUAGGACUCCCGACUGCGGGCUCAAAACCAAAUAUCAACAGAAAUGUUGCAGUAUUAAAGGGGCAAAUCAUUCUUAAUACAAUGUAAUUAGUAAUUAUUGCAAAAUUGCAAAUUUACAACAUUAUAUCAAGAGAUCAAUUUCCUCUACCCAAUUUUAGUACAGAUAUCAAUACAUUAUUUCUUGCUUCAUUGUUAUAAUUUUAUUAUUUUAAUGCUUCUUGGUAUUAAUAUUAAUGAGGUUGUUUUUGUGCUGCAUUUUAGGGACUGUAAUCACAUGUCAAGGCCUACCAAGUUUUUGAGCUUAUUUUGGGCUGAAUAUGUUUACCGAAUGUACCACUUGGAGCAAUAGGACAAGAAUACAGUUACAGAUAAUUUUAUUUUACCAUUGAAUCAUGUAAUUUGGUAUUGACAAUUGAUUGUAUACAAAAAACUGUGGUAUUAAAAUGUUGGUCUGCAUGCCCCUUUGGUAAGCACAAUGAGUGCCAUCACUGCCGUGUGCAUCUUUAAACAUCCUUGUUAGCAGCAAGUGGGUUCAGCAAAGAAAAUGAUGGAAAAUUUAGCUAUACAAAUUGAGAACUGGAUUGGGAUGUCCUGUUAACACUCAGGAACAUCUUUUAAACCAACCAUCAAACUGCGGGGAAACCAAAUGGUGAUGCAAGACAUAACAGCAUUUGGACGGAAUGGUAGAAAAAUCAAAAUUUAAAAGGAUUCUUAUUAUAAACAAGUAAAUCUUGAAAAAGAAAUGACUUCACAUGACAAUUGAUGAUGAGGGAUGCCCAGCACAAUUUUAAUUGUCUAAAAUAUCGAGUAUAGUGUAUAUCUUAACAGUUGGUAGUUUAUAUUUGAUAACUUACACUUUAUAGACGUUUUCCCAAAAUGUGGUAUUUUUCAUCUUUGAAAAAAGAUAAUUCUUUACCAAUUUGACCAAACUGGCUGAAAUUUUCAGUGUUAAUAGAGCUCAUCAUGAUAAGUGUUUUCAACGAUAGAAUUUGGCAUAUGUUGUAAUGCUGCCAUUUUAUCGAGGAAAUAUGCCAGAAUUUUCGGAAGAAAAUCGAACCAAAAUUUUGCAGCAAUGAUGUGCAAAAACUACAUGCAGCAUAAAAAAUUCCAUCGCUGAAAACAAUCUACUUGCUUUGUAGUCAACAAAUAGCUAUUAGUGGUAAAAUUUCAUUAAAAUGGUAAGGCUGUAUUUUUUCCCAACUAACAGUGAUUUGUAUGAGACAUACACUGUGUUUAAUUACUAGAUGGCAGGAUAAAUAUUAAAGGUAUGAGAAAGACCUAAGUAUUUUUAGAAUCUAUGUUAUAUAGGCUUUCUAAUGAUAUAUAGUUUUGUAUAGCUAUCUAAAAAACUUGGCGAGUAAUAGGCUUGCAAAUGUGGUCAACCGGAAUAUCGCAAGUUUAGGUAGACCCCCACCUUAACAAAAUCGAUUUAAAUUGUCACGUUUUUCUACCACUAAGUAAUGAUAAAUUAUUGUUAAUAUUUUUUUUAUUUUUUGGAUGCUCAAAAUGCAGGAAAUAGCAUUUCCGGGUUUCAAGUUUCAAAAUUUUCUGGGGAUUAUCCCUCUAAUAAGUAAUGAUAAAUUACAGUUAAUAUUCUUUUUUACUUUUUGUGCAUUUUUUCCUUCUUUUAUUUCAAAUACAAGUAUAGUUAGCAUAAAUUUUAGAGCAAAUUUGGAUGCUCAGAAUGCAGUAAAUGGCAUUUCAGUGCUUCCAAUUUCAAACAUUUUCUGGUCGGAGAGUACACCCCUGCACACGUGACCAUUGCUGUCCUCCUCUAAUAAGUAAUGAUAAAUGAUGGUUAUUUUUUUUACUUUUUGUGCAUUUUUCCUUUAUUUAUUUCAAAUACAAGUAUAGUUAGCAUAAAUUUUGGAGAAAAUUUGGAUGCUCAGAAUGCAGGAAAUGACAUUUCCGGGAUUCAAAUUUCAAAAAUUUUAACCAUGCGUGGCAUAUUGGUCAACCACGUGGCCUUCAGCCAUUGCUAUCCCCAUCUAAUAUAUUAUCUCACAGAAAGGUCCCUUUUCAAAAAAUGCCCCCCCCCCCCACGGGAAAAUCCUUAAAAAAGGCCCUGCUAUGCCACGCUUCUUUAAACUCAUGGGCAUGUUUCGUAGAAGCUUGUCCUAGGCAUCUCGUUUGAGACCAGUCAAAUUUGUGUCCGUGAUCGUCUGCGUGCUUGGCUGGGAGUGAAUUAUGGUCAUGUCUGUUAAUGGCGUUUUGAUGUUCGGUUAAUCUUGUCUGAAUUUUCUUAGACGUUUGUCCAAUGUACUUGUCGGGGCAGUUUUUGCAAGUAAACAUGUAAAUAGCGUUAUGUUUUUCGGUUACGUUUGUUUUGUCUUUAUGAUUAGUAAACAGGCAAGUAUAUCGCAAGAAAACGCACACAGACCAAAUUAUUAUUAUUAUUAUUAUUAUUAUUAUUAUUAUUAUUAUUAUUAUUAUUAUUAUUAUUAUUAUUAUUAUAAUUGCACUCUCCAGGAGUGCAAUUAAUGAUUUUCGUGAUGGCUGGGGGGAGCGGGAAAUCAAAACAACAAAAUCCAAUAUGGCGGCGAAAUUUAGAUAAGUAUUUCUAACAAAUGUGGACGAAUUUAACUGAAUUUUGGCACAAGAAUGAGUUUAAGAAACAUUGUAUGGCAAAAAGAGCCUGUGGAAAAUACCAGAAAACAGUCUUAAGAAAUAAUCUUGGCGGGAUGCAGCGAAACGUGACUAUGUAAGUUUGAAAUACAAUUUAUAAAGAUUUUCUUAGUCUAAAAUAUGUUGUUUGAGUUUGAAUCUUGUGUUCUAGUUUAAGUUAUGUGCCUUUAUGAGUUUAUAAUCAUUUCCCAAGUUUGUUUAUACCAAAUUGCUUACAAAAGAAUUAAAAACUCUUGACAAAAUGCAGUUGAAAUAUAAAGAAAGCGAUUUUGUCAUGCAUAUAAUAAAUAAAUAAUCACAUGACGGGCAAGUCGUGCAAUUAAUGAUUAACACUACUCGUGAUAUUUGAAAAAUUUGCCAAAUUACACUCGCCUCGGCGGCUCGUGCAAUCUUGGCACAUUUUUCAAAUAUCACUCGUAGUGUUAAUCAUUAAUUGCACUCCUUCCCAUGUGAUUACCUAUACUUAUUAUUAUUAUUAUUAUUAUUAUUAUUAUUGGAAGUAUUCCCCGCAGGACUUUUCAAUACUUAUUUACAAGUGAAUACUUAUUUACAAGUUAUAUAAACGCCACGUCGGAAAUGACAGCUAGACUUCUCAGACCGUUCAACAUCGACAUUGCACACAAACCAACAUGCAAACUUAGAUCCAAGUUCACUAAUCAUAAAGACAAAACAAACGUAACCGAAAAACAUAACGCCAUGCAUUUACAUGUUUACUUCCAAAAACUGCCCCAACAAGUACACUGGACAAACGUCUAAGAAAAUUCGGACAAGAUUAACCGAACAUCAAAACGCCAUGCAUUGACCAUAAUUCACUCCCAGCCAAGCGCGCAGACGAUAACGGACACAAAUUUGGUCUCAAACGAGAUGCCUAGGACAAGCUACUACGAAACAUGCGCGUGAGUUUAAAGAAUCGUGGCAUAGUAUUGGUAAUCGCUUUAUUAGCACGACCAUAUUUUACAGGUAUUGCUGAAGCUUAACUAUAACGUAACAAUGUAACAUAUAAAAAUAUUUAAGAAGUAGACUAUAAGAAGAUACUAUUUACAGGACGGAAAGUUUAACUAAUGACUACCAGCAUUCCCGGCUUCAAGUUGUUUAAGUCUUUCCUCAAAACACGAAAAAAUAAAUUUCGAUAAUUUCAGGAUGGUGUCACUAGCAGUUGACUUCAUUAUGUCAACUGAUAAAGUUGGUUCGUUUACGUUUGUCUCAGUAGUAGUGAGGUCGUUUUUUAGACUGUUUAUAAAGUUUACUCGAAUGUCACCGUAAGCCUUGCAAGUGAGGAGGAGGUGAGAUUCAUUUUCGACUUCUCCAGAGUGACAAAGGUUACACAGUCGUUCUUCUCGGGCUAUAUUAUGGUAUCUACCAGAUUCAAUCUGACGGCUAUGCUUACUUAAUCUGAAUCGUGUUAAGGUUUUCCUUUUGUUUGAGUCUUUUAUUAUAGAUAAGUACUUUUCUAGUUCGUAAUCUAUCUUGAUGGUUGAAUAAAAGGUUAGUUUCGAGGAAUUUUCAAGUUUGUGUUUCCAAAAUGUGAGGUAAUUUUCUUUAAAAGACGUUUGGUAAUAGGUUGAAUAAGUUCAGUUGUGAUUGAUUCCAAGUCAGUGAUUUCUGUGUUGAGGUUAAAUGCUUUCAAAAUAUCCAUUGCUUUUCCAUAAUAAGAAGUGUUCUGUUUAGUAAACAAAUCUUUUGAGAUUAGGAAAGCUUGUUUGGCAAUUGCUGUUUCCGAUAAAGAGUUCAAAUGAGUGAUGUACUUGAAAAGUUUAUAUAUAUAUAUAUGGUUUCCAGCUACAAUCAGUUUCAAAAGUCUUGGGACAGAUGCCACAAAACCUUUGAAUUUCAACAAACGUGAAUCCCCCCCGCCCCCUGUUCAAUGUUGUGUCCCAUUUCUCGUCAGGUUUGAUGUGUUUUGGUUGGAGCGACAUUGAUUGGGGUGGGGGGAGGGGGAAGGGAGCGGUAUUGUGUGUAAAAAACUGUAGUGAUCCACUUACAAUCUAAAACUGCAUGUGUCCCAACAACUUCUGAAAGUGAUUGUACGUCUAAUAAAUGUAUAAAUUCACACUCGAAUUUCCAUGUACGAAGCCUAUCUACAAUUAGUUCUAUCGAGUGCCCAAACUCCUGAUAUUUUGGAGCGAGCCAUUUUCUCCAACAGGAGUUUCAUUAUUUCUGAAUUUCUCUUCAGAUAGAUAUUCUGGUAAAUAACAGUGGUAGAUCACAGCGUGGCAUAAUUAUCAACACCGAAUUCAAAGUCGAUCAAGAAUUGUUUGAACUGAAUGUCCUGGGUACAAUAUCUCUAACCAAAGUUGUCCUCCCGCAUAUGAUUGAGCGAAAUGCUGGACAUAUUGUAGUUGUCUCUAGUUUAACUGGGAAAUUAGGUAGGCUCCAUUCUCGUACCCAGAGCCCUUCUUACGCGCGGUGCGACAAGGGGCUGUGGCCAAAUCCAUAACCGGAUACCAUAAAAACAUGGUAAGAAAACAAUAUCCGGUGUUAGAACUAGCCAACCAGAUGCCAGUUCUGAUAUGGAUUUGGCCAGAGCCCCUCGUCGCACCGCGCGUAAGAAGGGCUCUGGGUACGAGAAUGGGUUGGUUCACAUUUGUUCAUGCAUUCAGAUUUUUAAGGUUCUUUUGUUUGUUUUAAUAAUAUCCCUUAAAUCUUUCACUCAAAUCCUUAGCAUGGGUUAGUUGAUCCCUAAAAACAGAAAUAAAACCUACGUCUUGUGGCCCUGUCGCCUUGUUAACCCUCUAAGUAGCAAUGCGCCCAGAUGUGCUCUACUUUAUUAUUUUUCUCUGUCCAACGCCAGAUGAUCUUACUCGUCAGGGGGAGAGUGCUGCUACUCAAUGUGUUAAAUCUACGUCGGUUGUGCAGUCGUCAGCGCAAACGCCUUUCUCGUGGCUUCGAUUCUCUCGUUGCCCACUCAUGUGAAAAGUCAGUCACCGCUCCUAGUCAGUGUGCUUAUGAGAGUCAUUCACCCCAAUUAACGUUCGUCUUUCUGAAUAUGUUCAUAGGUCUCAAACACACUGGCUGUUGUAAGACCACUGGAACAUGGAGACUGCAUUAUAACGGUUGCGCCAAGAUCAUAUACAAAAUCAAGAAUUGUGCCCUCUGUAACGUCACUAUUCUGUGACCCUGGCUUAGAAUACAUGCACCCUAUUUGUGCGUUUUGAUGAGUAAAACCGUCUGGCGUUAGACAGAGUAAAAUAAUAAAGUAGGACGCACUGCCACUUAAAGGGUUAAUUAACUAGACGACUUGGGCCACAAGACUUAGGAUUAAUUUCUACUUAGAAGUAUAUUUUAAAAAUUGCGAUACCUAGAUACUUUAAUACCGUUUUUAAACCAGUAAAAAUCCAUUCGAUUUAAUCUUACUCAUUAAUGACGCUAACGAAUUCGCAAUUUAGGUGUUCCAACAUCUGGCACAUACUCUGCCACAAAACAUGCUCUUCAGGUUAGUAUCUUGAAAUUGAUCUUUAAGCUGAUUGUAGUGUAAAUUUAUACAUUUAUUACACCUAAUCAGGAGCAGUUGCAAAAAUGCAACUAUAUAGGCUCGAAUCUAAUCUGUAGCUAUACGAUUCCAGUGAAGCGCUUUAACCAACUGAACUACACAGGCCACCUCGAAAUUUCAUCUACAAAGGGGUAAAGACCUACCUAAAAUAUUAUCAUAUUUUGUGACUGGCUUUCGGAAACAAAACUGAUCAUUGUUUGUGACUCGUUCUUUAGAAAGGAUAGUAUAUAGGUAUAUGAUGACCCCUACAAAAUUAUUCUAUACAUGUGAUUAGUUAUAACGACUGGCCGAUGUCCAAAAUCCAGAAUCUUAAAGCUACACUACUGGAUAUAACUAUGAUAAUUGUUCACUAUUAUCGAAAAUGAAACGGUGUUCCUUGGCAAGUUGCUUUUGUUUGUUCAGUUAUUUCUAUAAUAUUAAUUUGUUCAUUUGUUCAUUUGUUCAUAAGUUUGUUCAGUUAUUUCUAUUUUGUUUGUUCAGUUAUUUAUUCAGUUAUUAUUACAUAAAUAUUUUAUUGGCGAAACUUUUAAAAUUAAAAUUAAAAUUGAAAUAAAAAAAAUAUCCACAAAAAUUCAAGAUGGCGGACACCUUCAAUCAUUAAUGACGAUUCCAGUCAAAAUAUUUCGAGAACUAAACAAUUAACUUUUGAAGAAACUGUAAAAAGUUUUCCCCAUAAUUUUUAAAACGUUCUUUCAAAUGAAACAAACAAAUGUUUUGUUGCCAUAUCUUUUUAUUAACGCUUUUGUAACUUUUGAUCCUUCAACUUUUUAUUUCUCCUCAGGGAUAUUUUUAUUCAUUACGAACUGAAGUUUAUGACAAUGGUAUCGACGUCUCAAUUGUUUGUCCUGGACCAGUCAAAUCAGCUAUCGUGGAGAAUUCAGUUUCUGAGAAAUUCGGCAAGGCAUGUAGAACUAUUUAG